CAGUUUUUUAGUCAAAUGUUCAAUUGCCCAUGUGGGCAUUUUGUGUACUUAAAGAGUCCUGCCUGGCUGUAUCAUUCGAAAAAUUUGCUCGCUUCAGUUCCGAUUCUCGCUCUGCGUUCUCGUUUUAAGCUGAAAAUCAUGAAAGCCUCCUUGUUAGCUCCCAUUGCCCGAAGGCUGGAAGGUAAGGUGGCUGUAAUCACAGGCGGUGCACGAGGCAUUGGCGAGGCCACAGUCCGUCAAUUCCUGAGGCACGGCGCCAAAGUAGUCUUCGCCGAUAUCGAAGACAAGCUAGCUCAUUCCCUCUGCAAAGACAUCGACGCCCCAAGCUCCCUCUCCUACAUCCACUGCGACAUAACCAAAGACUCCGAAGUCGAAACUCUCGUCACCACCACUCUAUCCAAACACGGCAAGCUCGACAUCAUGUUCGCCAAUGCAGGCAUCUCCGCCUAUGGCAAAGACCAGACCCAAAUCCUAUCAUCCGACAACCAAGUCUUCGAAAAAGUAAUGCUUGUGAACGCCUACGGCUCCUUCCUCACCGCCAAACACGCCGCAAGAGCCAUGAUUCCCGCCAAAAGCGGCAGCAUUAUUAUGAUGGCCAGUGUGGCCUCCGUGACCAGCGGCGAUGUUUCGCAUGCUUACGUGGCGUCGAAGCAUGCGGUGGUGGGGCUGACGAAGAACCUGGGAGUGGAGCUGGGGAAGUAUGGGAUUAGAGUGAAUAGUCUUUCGCCGACUGGAGUGGACACGCCGAUUUUUAGGAAGGAGUUUGGGGUGGAGGAUGGAGAGACGGCGAGGAGGUUUUUCUCGGGGAUUGCGAACUUGAAGGAGGUGGUGAUGGAGGCGGAGGAUGUGGCGGCGGCGGCGGUGUACUUGGGCAGUGAUGAAGCGAAGUUUGUGAGUGGGUUGAAUCUUGUGAUUGAUGGGGGGUAUAGUACUACUAAUACUGCUAUCAAGGAGACUAUGAUCAGGAUGCGCAAGUCUUAAUCAUUUUAGUUUUGUCCGUUAAAUAAUGUCGGAGCCAGCAAAUAUAUAAUAUGGAAUUGAUUUUUUGGUUUUAAUAAUGAAAUUUGAAUUCUAAUACGAAAUUUUCUUUUGAUUGUGAA